CUCGACGCAAAAAAAUGGCCCUUCCCUCCCCCUCUUCUCUUCUCCUUUUUGCUCUGCUCGCAUCAGCGACGGCACGUCUUCCCCUGAAGCACCUCCAUCGGCAUAACCUGUCCUUCCACGAGCUGGUACCAACACGAUACGUUCAACACUUCCCCCAAACAACCGAGCCCUCUAAUGCGCCGCCUCUCGCCACGGUGCUGAACGAUGUGUAUGCCAGAGUGUAUGGCAGGGCUCUUAUUCCGCCCCGGCCCAGAUACUCGCCAGAGCGCAUCGAUUUCCUGCCGUAUUUGAAAACGCCGUCUGGAGUGCUGCCCAUCAGUGAUUUUGGGGGCGACCCGACAGGCAAGAACGACAGCAGUGCUGCGUUUGAGAGAGCCAUCGAUGCGGCGCUGCCACUGUGGAACGGCCGUCACUUGGCAGAGGGCAUUAAAGACCUUGGUGGCGCGACACUGACGCUCGACGGUGGAAUCUAUCUCAUCUCCCGGCCGCUAUAUAUCCCGGGUGGCUAUGGCAACAUGGUGCGCAAGAGGAGUGGACCACACACAUAGAUACAUGCUGAAUGAUGGCAUACAAGCAAAGGGAGUGCGUGUGUUUGCUUUCAGCACUGGAGGGAUGGCAGCAUCGUGGCGUCCGAGAGCUUCCCUGCCGACGGCUUCAUCAUCACUGUAGGCGCCUCGCCUGCGCCACACUUCGACACCGAGACUGCGACGCAGGCGAGGCGCCUACAGAUUGGCGACCGCAAUCAGUUCAUGUCAUUCUCGGACCUCUAUGUCGACGGAAGGGAUACAGCGAGCGGCGUGCUGCGGUUCACGCACACAAUUGGGGCAGUGGUUGGCCCUGCCAACCUCUUCAUCGGCUUUCACGAUGCGGGAGUUCUGAUUGAGGGCGGUCACGAGGUAGGCGACACCGCAUACAGACGGACACACAGGAUAUUCAGCUCGUGUCUCAUGUGUUCAGAUCAACAUCUUUGAGUCAUAGCUGGGUCAGUUCUUCUUCGGCGAUCCGCGGAAGCCAUCACAGCAGACGGCCGCCGCGAUUCGGCUGCUCGGCAACGACCACGUGUUGAGAGAUGUGGUGAUCUUCAGCGCUAAAAUUGGCGUGGAAGACCGCGCAGGCGCCAACACCCAUACAGGCGUACACAGUUGGAAUGGCAGCGGGACGGCCAUGUUGGUCACGGGCUACUCGACACGCAUCCUGGACUCAUACCCCGACUUCAACAGUAUUAUCGUGCAGAAUCCGAAUGCAGUGACCAUCACUGGCGGCUUCUUCCUGGGCGGCGCCCAGAUCAUCCUCAGAGCCCACGGCAGCGAGCCGACAUGCAAGGGCCUGCUCGUGAGGGACAACCAGUUCUCAUACACCGAUAGAGACACGGUGCGAGUUGAGGGCAACUUCACGAAAGUCGUCGACACAUUCGUCGGCGCGUCCACCAUCGGCCGCUCGGCUAAGCUGAAAACCACAAGAGCAGUGCGGCAGCUGCACAAAGAGAAUGCGACCGAAUGGCUCUUCGAUUUCAGUGAUGUGCUGGUAUCCCCGUCGAUUGCUCGUGUCAUGUAUUCGAUGGAGAUUGAGGGGGACGGUGUUUUUGUGCGUCAUGCAUCGAGGCCUGCCGACGGGAACAGGGUGCGUGUGGAGACGGAUGUGGCCGUGACGGCGACAGUGAUUAUGGAAGUCGACCAAAGCGAACUGUUGCAGGGAGGGGUCAUGAAUGUGUGAACACUGUACUGGAUUGUUGAUGGUGUCUCUGUGUGCGUGUGGUGUGUGGCGUGACCUUGGACUAAUGACAUGGCUGC